GCACCAUGACCACGCCCACCUCGCAUUUCCAUUCCCAGCCGCUGCUGCUGCGAGUGAGUCAUCCUUGCCGCCGCGGCUGAAGGGGGUUGCCGCCGCAAGUGCGGCAACGUCGACAUCCCCUUCCCGUUCGGCAUCGGCAUGGGCCCCGGCUGCUUCCGCGAUGGCUUCGAGGUCCUCUGCAACCAAUCCUACGAUCCCCCUCGCCCCUUCCUUGCUGACAGCAGAAUAAGCAACUACGUGGCCGACUCGUUUCCGCUGCUGGAGCUGCUGAGCAUAUCAGUUGCCACCGGCGAGGCACGAGUGUACGCCUCGGUCUCGUACCGCUGCAGCACAAAUGACACCACGGCCUACUCCACGGAACAAGGUAUCAAGUUCUACGGCACCCCGUUCGCCGUGUCGGCGACCCGUAAUGUUCUCAUCGGUGUCGGCUUGAGAGUCGACCCUGAACUGAGUUACGCGCCGCGGGGCAUAGUUGGAGACUUUCCUAGGUUGUCUUGUGGUGCUCGAGAUUACAUCGGCAGCCUGACCGCGACGAACGACUCGUGCACGGGGCGGGGCUGCUGCGAGGCCACCUUCCCGCCCGGCGAGGUCGGCCCCGGCAAAUACUUCAUAUUGCGUGUCGGCCCCAAGGACCCCAACAGAUGGUGGAGAACCCACCCGUGCAUCUAUGGCAUGCUGGUGGAGAAGUCAGGGUACAACUUCUCCACCCCCGACAUGGAGGGUGACAAGACGCUACCCAAAAGGUUCCCUCGGGGCGUCCCCCUCGCGCUCGACUUCGCCGCCGGCAACACUUCGUGUCCGGCCCAAGGAGAGCCAGACUACGCCUGCGUCAGCGGCAACAGCUCCUGUGCCAAUGCAACAUAUACAGAUACUACUCCUGGCUAUUUCUGCAAGUGCUGGGAGGGUUACGCUGGCAACCCGUACGUCACUCACGGAUGCCAAGACAUUGAUGAGUGCAAGCUCCCCCAAGUGUAUAACUGCAUAAGUGGGAUAUGCAAAAACGAGCUGGGAGGCUAUGACUGUCCAUGCAAAUUUGGAAUGGAAGGCGACGGCAAAGCGGGAACCUGCACAGAUGUAUUCCCUUUAGCUGCAAAGGUGACUGUGGGUGCAAUAGGUGGUAUUCUUCUCAUGGCGGUUCUAUCGUUCCUUGUUAUUCUUCACAAAGAGAAAAAGAAGAUGGAAGAAUUCUAUAGAAAGAAUGGUGGUCCUAUAUUAGAGCAGGCAAAUACCAUUAAACUUUUCAAAAAGUGGGACCUAAAGCCAAUUUUAAAGAAUAGCAACUUAAUUGGAAAAGGUUGCUUUGGUGAAGUUUACAAGGGCCUUCUUGACAAUAAACAAGUUGCAAUAAAGAAGCCCAUCAAUGGUAGCAUGCAAGAGAAUGACCAGUUUACAAAUGAAGUCAUCAUCCAAUCUCAAGUCAUCCACAAGAACAUUGUUAGGCUCAUUGGUUGUUGCCUUGAAGUUGAUGCCCCCAUGCUGGUCUAUGAGUUCAUCUCCCAAGGUAGUCUCCAUGACAUUCUUCACGACAACAAUAACAAGGUGGCUCUCAACUUGGAUGCACGUUUAAGUAUCGCUGCACAAUCAGCGGAUGGUCUAGCUUAUAUGCACUCCCAAGCAAACACUAGAAUUCUACACGGUGAUGUCAAACCAGCAAAUAUACUCUUGGAUGAUAACUUUGCACCCAAGAUUUCAGACUUCGGCAUAUCUAGGUUGCUUGCGAGGGACAAGGAACACACUGAAUCAGUCAUCGGCGACAUGAAUUAUAUGGAUCCUGUAUAUCUACAAGAAGGCAUACUCACCGAGAAAAGUGAUGUCUAUAGUUUUGGAAUUGUGAUCUUGGAGCUUAUUAGCAGCAGGAGGGCCAUACAUUCUGAGAAUAAUGGCUUGGUAAAGAGCUUUCUUCAAGCCCAUGAGAAACACAAGAAAGCAACCGAGUUUUUUGAUAAGGAAAUUGCAAUCACAGAAGAUUUAGAGCUUCUUGAUAAUCUAGCAGGUAUGGCCAUGGAAUGCCUUCGUCCUGAUGUAGAUCAAAGACCAACGAUGAUGGAGGUAGCUGAGCGGCUACACAAACUGAGUCGGUCUCGUAAGGUGCAAGAUGUUUGUCACUAAGUUAUUUUUUGACAAAACGCUUAAAACAGGAGCAGUGGAGCCUUCCUUUGGUUCCGACGAAAUGUUGUAACUGUGUUUGUAUGGUGGCCGAAUGCUCGUAGGCUGCAUUUGCAAUUGUGUUUCUUAGGUUUUGUAACCAUGUGUCAAAGCACUAUAUUUUUACCCAAUAUGUAACCCUGUGAAAAUGUUGGCUCCAAACAACAUUUUAUUAGUAAAUAGAGAGCAAGAAACAAAUCCAAACUUUGCACAUUGGUCUUCUUUACAAACUUGUGCUCCAGCGUUGUUGUUCUAUCGUACUCUAGGCCUCCAGUUAUAUAGUACUCCCUUCAUUUCAUAAUGUAGUGCAUAUAGAUUAUUUUUAAAGUCAAACCUCACAAACUUUGACCAAGUACGUAGAGAAAAACAUUUCCUUCUAGAAUGCCAUACAUAUAUCAUUAAAUUCAUCAUAAGAUGUAGUUUCAUAUUUAUGUAUUUUGAUAUUGCAGAUAUAAAUAGUUUUCUCUAUAAACUUGGUCAAAGUUUGCGCAGUUUGACUUUUUAAAAAAAUCUAUGCACACUACAUUGUGGAACGGAGGGAGUAGUAGAUAUUAAACGCGCAGUCGACACGGUCAGUCCCGUGUAAUCAAGAGAUGCUUUCUUUGUAUGUUUGCG